CGCAAGCGCGAUACGAUGAGCAAGCGUCAGCUCGCCGACCUUCACUGGCUGGAAGAGACGAGGGAUUGUCGAGGCAGCCAUGGUCAAUGCAGGGCGGGACGAUGAGGCGUUGGGUGAGUCUCUCUCGACCGGCCAGCUUCCUUUAAGUACCCUGCUUGAGAUGACCCCAUGCGUGAUGACAGGAUCGGUCCUUCAUCACGGUUGCUAGAAGGUGAUGGGAGCAGGGGUAUACGCAGGCCUCGAGGGCCGUCUGGCUUCCGCGCGAUGCGCCCAAGAACAGACCAGCUACCGUCCGCAACCCAUGUUCCAGGUCCGGCUUCACAUGGGGCGCCGUGGAAUGGAUCAUUUCUCACCUAUGUACUUUGCGGAGGAAGCCUCGGGCAUCGUUGCAUGCAUUCCCCGGAGCCACGUCGAGCGCGUUGCUCUACCCACCAGGCGCCUUUCCCGCGUCCGAUCUCAACCGUGGGAUUCCAUGGACGGGCAUUUUGCCGCUCGAAUCAUACCCUGUCUGCAUUGCGGGUAGCUACCGCAGUGAUUCUCAUACCAACUUCUUACUAUACCCUGUCGCUUCCUCUCCCGCCCUAUCAGUCUCUCUUUCAGUUCAUCCACCCUAGCAGAUCGUCGCAUCCAUCCUCCGAGUCGCGAUGAGCGUUUAUCCAGUGAUACUAGGCUCUCCGAGUGGGUCCAAGCCCAAUGCAUCCUGCAGAACUCCUACACGUCCUGCGCAAUUCCUAUCUGCU